CCUGUGCUUUGUCCUUCUCCCUGCCAGGAUGAGAAGGAGCAGCUCAUCCAGUCGAAGAGCUCCGUCGCCAGCCUGGUGGGACGAUCCAAGAGCAUCGUUCAGCUCCGGCCCAGGAACCCGGAGCACCUGGUGAAGAGCACCAUCCCCAUCAAGGCUGUGUGCGACUAUCGGCAGAUCGAGAUCACCAUCUGCCGGAACGACGAGUGCGUGCUGGAGGACAACUCGCAGAGAACGAAGUGGAAGGUGAUCAGCCCCACGGGAAACGAGGCCAUGGUGCCCUCCGUGUGCUUCCUGAUCCCCCCUCCCAACAAAGAGGCCAUCGAGAUGGCCAACAGGGUGGAACAGUUGUACCAGAAAGUGAUGGCUCUCUGGCACCAGCUCCACAUGAACACAAAGAGCCUCAUCUCCUGGAACUACCUGCGGAAGGACAUAGCCUUGGUGCAGAGCUUCAGCAUGGAAAAGCUCCGCUCCCUGGCGCAGGGGGAGUGCCAGCAGGCGCUGAGGAGCCUCCAGGCACACUAUGAGGACUUCCUGCAGGACAGCCGCGACUCCGAGCUCUUCUCAGUGUCAGACCGUCUGCGCCUGGAGGAAGAAGUGGAGUCUUCCAAGGAGCACAUCCAGCAGCUGCUGGAGUCCAUGGAGAAUGAAGACAAGGACGAGACAGUGGCCAGGACGUAUCUCUCUGAGCUCCAGAACAUCCGCCUGCGCCUGGAGGAGUGCGAGCAGAGACUCGUGGGCCGCAUCCAGUCCCCCAGCAGCAGCCGAGCAGAUGGUGACAGCAUCCAGGAGAACACCAUCCGCAUCGCCGAGCAGGAGCGCACACAGGACGAUCUGCAGCGGCUGAAGUCUGACCUGCGCUGCGUUUCGGAGCGCUGCUGCAGCUUCCUCAGCAAAGCACCCAGCGGCCCCAGCACCCCGCGCCUGCGAGCUGAGCUCGACUUGCUGGUGACCAAGAUGGAGCAGACGUACGGGCUGUCCUCUGUCUACCUGGACAAGCUGAAGACGGUUGAUAUUAUCAUUCGUAACACCCAAGGAGCAGAGUCUCUGGUGAAGGGAUAUGAGGUGAAGCUGAGCCAGGAGGAGGCUGUCCCGGCUGACCUGACAGCAAUUCAGGCGCACAGAAGUGCCCUGCAGCAAUGGCUCGGGGAAGUGAAGGGCAAGAACUCGGUGUUCUCCGUGUUAGAGGAGGAGAUGGCGAAGGCGAAGGCAGUGGGGGAGCGGCUGUACCAGCUGAGACAGGAGCGCAGCAUCGACCUCGAGCGCUACCAGGAGAAGGGGAGCCAGCUGUGGGACCGCUGGCAGAGAGCCUGCGCCCAGAUCGAGACCCGCCACACAGAGCUGGAGAGCAUCCAGGAGGUGCUGAGCGAUUACCGCCAGUGCCACAGGGCCCUCAUCCAGUGGAUCGAGGAGAUCACCGCCCAGCAGGAGCUGAUGAAACCCGGGCAGGCGGAGGACAGCCGGGUGCUGUCAGAGCAGCUGAGCCAGCAAACGGCUUUGGCUGCAGAAAUCGAGAAAAAUCAAGCCAAGCUGGACCAGUGUCAGAAGUUCUCCCAGCAGUACUCAGCUGCUGUCAAGGACUAUGAGCUGCAGCUCAUGACGUACCGUGCGUUUGUGGAGUCGCAGCAGAAAUCCCCCAUGAAGCGCCGGCGCAUGCUGUCCUCCUCGGAUGCCAUCACUCAGGAGUUCAUGGAUUUGCGCACUCGAUACACAGCUCUGGUAACGCUGACCACGCAGCACGUCAAGUACAUCAGCGAUGCUCUGCGGCGGCUGGAGGAGGAGGAGAAAGUGGUGGAGGAGGAGAAGCAAGAGCAUGUGGACAAGGUGAAGGAGCUCCUGGGCUGGGCUGUGGGCCUGAAGCAGAGCGUGCAAGGCAGAACAGCUGCUGCCCGGAGCAGGGAGCUGGGAGACAUCGAGAAGUCCAUCUCAGAGCAGCAGGCCCUCAAUGAGGAGCUGGCUGCAAAGAAGGAACAGGUCUCUGAGGCCAUCAAAACGUCACAAAUCUUCCUGGCAAAGCACAACCACAAGCUUUCCCAUCAGGAGAAGGAUCAGAUUUCAGCUCAGGUGGCUGCACUGAAGGACACGUACCAGGCACUCUGCACUGACACCACGGAGCAGCUCCAGCAGCUGCAGAGCCAGCUGGCUCAGGAGGCAGAGCACAAGGUCAGCGAAGCAGUGGCAGGAGUGAUCGACCUUGGGACGGUAGAAAUAUUCCCUGUCUUUGGUGCAAUGCAGAGAGGUCUUAUAGAUCAGGAGACCGGCCUCGUCCUCUUAGAGGCUCAGGUGAUCACAUCCGACUUGGUUCUUCCAGAGACUGGUGAAAAACUCUCCUUGGAGGAAGGUCUGGCAAGAGACAUCAUCAACCUCAGGACUUUCCAUGUGCUGCGGGAGCUGAAGGAUGCUCUCCAGCAGGUGCAUGAAGUCCGACGCGAAGGGAGGCAGCUCCUACCUGCUGCUGCUGCGGUAGAAGAGGGGAGGAUUAGUGAGAGCACUGGGCUAAAGAUUCUCGAGGUUGAACUUGUCACCGGCGGCUUUAAAACCCAUCAGGGCAGAAUCAGCAUGCAGAAGGCUGUGCAAGAGAGGCUCCUUCCUCCCCAGCUUUACUCCAGGCUGCUGUCCCACCUGGAGAGUAAUAAGGAUUUGAUUGACCCCAACACUGCUGAGAAAAUCAACCUAUCUGAGCUCUUGCAGCGAUGCAUCCUCCACCAAGACACUGGACUGAGGUUUCUCCCGGUCAAGCAGCUGGCAGGUGGGAUGGUGAGCCUGAAAUCAGGCAGAAAAGUCAGCAUCUUCCGUGCUGUCCAGGAAGGGCUGAUAGACAGACAGGUGACGGUGAGGCUGCUGGAAGCCCAGCUUUUUGCUGGUGGCAUUGUUGACCCCAGGACAGGGCACAGGCUGGCUGUGGACGAGGCUGUGAGACAUAAUUUAAUUGACCAGGAUCUGGCAUGCACGCUUCUAAUCCGGCAGCUUCAGACAGGUGGCAUCAUUGAUGCAGCCACAGGAGAGAGACUGACAGUUGAUGAAGCUGUAAGGAAAGAGUUGGUAGCACCACGGCUUGCUUUGGUGAUCCUGGAAUCCCUCCGGUCCUUCAUGGGGCUCUUGUGGCCGGAGACAGGGGAGGUUGUCCCAGCUGCAGGUGCUUUAGAGCAAGGGAUCCUGUCUACAGAGCUGGCUUACAAGAUUCUCAGGAAGAGGCAGCUCAUUAAGGCUGUCUUUAUACCAGAAACCACUGAGGUGUUGUCCUGGAAGAAAGCGGUGGAACAUGGCAUCUUAGAAAGAGAUGUGGCAAAGAAGCUGAAAUCCAUGGUGAUACCUGAUGUGAUGGGCAGCGUGCAGCUGGCAAGCAGGAGCUCCUCUGGGGGGCACCAGGGACAGAGGGACCCUGAGCUGAGGGGUGAUGAUGAAAAGCUGAUGUUCCACUUGAUGACCCACAGCUACAUCAACAUCCACGACGGGCAGAAGCUGCUCUUAGUAGAUGGAGAGUUGAGCAACCUCACUAAAGACCUCAUCCAAACCCAAGAAAAUGGAUCCUGUGCACACCCACUGGAAGAGGAUGAGAGCUUUGAGGAGACAAAGGAAACUGCAGUUCUUGAAAGUGAGCCUUGCAACGGUGUGGCUGUGCAGCAGCUUGAGCUGCAGCUUGCUCCUCUGCAGGAAGGAAGCAAAAAGACCCUGCCUCCCAGAUCCACUUUGGAGAACGGGGAGGUGGGGAUGGGACCUGGAAGGCUCCUGUUGGACCGCGCAGGAGAUGAUCUGCAUGUGGAGGAGCAAGGGCAGGUUUGUACUGAACGGGCCACCACCCGAAGUGAAACUGAUGCCAGAUCUGGGAGAGAGCAAAUAGCUUCUACAGGCAAGGAGAAGCAUCAGGUAAAAUUAUCCAUGCCAGGACAGCCCUGCAAAUCUGGCAGUGGAUUCAGAGAAACAGAGGAAAUGAUCAUUAAAGCAGAAGAGUCCAAACCCAUUGCAGCAGAUGGACUGGAAGACAUCAAAGAUCAGAAGAGGGCAUUGGAAACCGGGGCAGGUGUUGUGAAAAGCGAGAGCCACUUGGUGGUGCCUAUUUGUGCAAGCAGAGAGAGACUGGAAGUCGUGGCAGGGAGAUCUGGAGGCGCGAAGGAGCCUGAAUUAGAGGCAGAAGGUGUUGGAGAGAUUUACUUCUGGAAUGAGGAGACGGCUCAGAACGGCACUCUGGGAGGAGAGGAGGCUGUGCUCACCAGAACUGCAGAGGCUGAGCAAAUGGAGUGCACUGAAAAUACUGCGAGCGUAUUGCACGUGGAAGAGGGACCGAGGGAAAAGGUGUUGGGUGGUGAGAGCGUUGGUGAUGCAGCCCUGCCACGGCCCUCGGAUCGGGACGGGGAUGUUCUGGAAACGCUGCAGAUGCAGCUCCAGAGCGGCGGCAUUUUGUGUGAGCAGAUGGGCAGAACUCUUCUUCUGAACGAAGCUGUGGCCUGCGGUGCGGUGCCCGGCCACACGGCUGUGAAGCUGAUGGAGAAAAUGAAGAUGUUCAGUGGCUUCUUUGACUCGCACACACGUGAGUCUUUAACCACUGAGGAUGUCAUUGAAGAAGGUCUGAUGGAUGAGCAGCUUCUCCAGAAGGUGCUCACGUCUGACAAAGCCAUCAGCGGUGUUCUGGACCCGGGCAAUAACUUUGUCUACUCCGUCAAGGACGCUGCUGCCGUUGGCCUUCUGGACAGGGAGACGGCGAUGAGGCUCCUGGAGGGGCAGGUGGUUACCGGGGGGAUCGUCGACCUGAAACGUGGCAAAAAGGUGUCGGUCACUUUGGCUUCAAACCUCGGCCUCAUAGAGCCAGCGAGUCAGAAGGAGCUGGUCAAGCUGGAGAAGGCUUCCAAAGGGAAAAGCACCGAUGAGGCCACCAGGCAGAAGCUCCUUCGCUUACAGGCUGAAACCAGCGGGAUUGUGGAUCCCAAAACCAAGCAGCCUUUGACUGUUGCACAGGCUGUUGAAAGAGGGCUCCUUGAGAGAGAAAAAGCAUUUCAGCUGUUGACCAGGCAGAUUGCUGGCGGGGGGAUCCUUCACCACGCCUCCGGGAUGAGGCUCUCGGUCAGUGACGCAAUGAAACAUGACUUGAUCGAUGCAGAUUUAUGUAAUGAACUCACGAAGGCUGAAGGCGUUUGCCUGCAGGAAUGCACCCACCCAGUGACAAAGGAAAAGCUGCCCUUGCCCCGGGCGGUGGCAGCAGGGGUUGUUAGUCCGGAAUUCCAGAGGAAAGUGCAAGAAAUCCAGGCUGGGGCUGGAAGCGUUAUCGAUCCCAGUUCUGGGCAGAGAAUGGCACUCAGCCGGGCAGCGCAGGAGGGGCUGCUGCCCCAGGAGGUGGUGCAGAAAGCCCUGUCCUCCCCGGAGCUGAAACACGGCAUCGUAGACCCCGAGAGCUGCGUGGUUGUGCCCUACGCCGAGAUGGUGAAGAAGUGCAGGAUUGACGUUGAGUCCGGGCAGAGGUACCUGGAGGUGCAUCCCUUCAGAGCCGUGCGGGACGAGGCGUCGGGCCGGGCGCUGAGCUGUGCCGAGGCGCUGCGGCUGGGGAGGGCCGACCCCCUGCCCACCCUGCGGCUGCUGCAGGGCCAGGCUGACAGCGGGGGCUUCGUGGAGGGGGCUGUCAGCAGCAGGCUGUCCCUGCAGGCCGCUCUGCAGCGGGGGCUUGAGCGGGCCGGGAGCACCGGAGCUGGUGGGACUGCGGCUUCCCCUGCUGAAGGCGUGCGCACCGCACAGCGCCGGGCUCUGCUGGGCAGCUCCGGGCCGCCCGGAGGAACGAUCUCUGACAUCUACAUCAGUGGGGAGUCAGGGGACAUGUCAGCCAAGGAGAAACUGCUGCUAUGGACACAGAAAGUGACAGCGGGUUACAUCGGGGUGAAGUGCACCAACUUCUCCUCGUGUUGGAGCGACGGGAAGAUGUUCAAUGCGCUCAUCCACAGAUACAGGCCGGAUCUGGUGGACAUGGAGCGGGUGCAGGUCCAGAGUAACCGGGAGAACUUGGAGCAGGCCUUCGAGAUCGCGGAGCGGCUGGGGGUGACGCGGCUGCUGGAUGCUGAAGACGUGGAUGUUCCAUCUCCGGAUGAGAAGUCGGUGAUAACUUACGUGUCUUCAAUCUACGAUGCCUUUCCCAAAGUCCCUGAGGGAGGAGAAGGGAUCAGUGCCAUCGAGGUGGACUCGAGGUGGCUGGAGUACCAGACCCGCUUGGAGUCCCUCAUCUCCUGGAUCAAGCAGCACACGAUACUCAUGUCGGAUAAAUCCUUCCCCCAGAACCCCGUAGAGCUGAAGGCACUUUAUAACCAAUACAUACACUUCAAAGAAACUGAAAUCCCAGCGAGAGAGCAGGAGAAGGGAAGGAUAGAGGAGCUCUACAAGCUGUUAGAGGUGUGGAUUGAGUUUGGACGCAUCAAAUUGCCGCAGGGGUACCACCCCAACGACGUGGAGGAGGAGUGGGGCAAGCUGAUCAUCGAGAUGCUGGAGCGUGAGAAGCUCCUGCGGCCGGCGGUGGAAAGGCUGGAGCUGCUGCUACAAAUCGCCAACAAAAUCCAGAAUGGCGCUCUGAGCUGUGAAGAAAAACUCACACUUGCGAAGAACACGCUGCAAGCUGAUGCUGCCCACCUGGAGGCCGGCCAGCCGGUGCAGUACGAGGCCGACGUUGUGGUGUACCUGCAGGAGUGCGAGGGGCUGCUCCGCCAGCUGCAGGUGGACGUGCAGAUCCUCCGCGACGAGAAUUACUACCAGCUGGAGGAGCUGGCGUUCAGGAUCAUGCGGCUGCAGGACGAGCUGGUGACGCUGAGGCUGGAGUGCACCAACCUGUACAGAAAGGGCCACUUCUCCACGCUGGAGCUGGCGCCCGCACCCACCCUGAGCACCACGCAGCUGAAGGGCGAAUCCCUGACCAAAGGGCUGCACACCUCAUCUGCCUCCUGGUUCAGGAAGCCCAUGACCAGGACAGAGCUGGUGGCCAUCUCCUCCUCUGAGGACGAAGGCAGCCUGCGCUUCGUGUAUGAGCUGCUGGCCUGGGUGGAGGAGAUGCAGAUGAGGUUGGAGCGGGCAGAAUGGGGCAGUGACCUGCCCAGCGUGGAAACCCAGCUGGAGACACAGCAGCACAUCCACAGCAGCGUGGAGGAGCUGGGCUCCAACGUCAAGGAGGCACGGCUGUACGAGGGUAAGAUGUCUCAGAAUUUCCGCGCUAGCUACACAGAGACGCUCGGCAAGCUGGAGACACAGUACUGCAAGCUGAUGGAAACCUCGAGCUUCCGACUGAGGCACCUGCAGAGCUUGCACGGCUUUGUGUCUCAGGCCACCGCCGAGCUGAUAUGGCUGAAUGAGAAGGAGGAGGAGGAACUGGCCUACGACUGGAGUGACAACAACCCGAACAUCGCAGCUAAGAGAAACUACUUCUCGGAGCUGACGAUGGAGCUGGAGGAGAAGCAGGACAUCUUCCGCUCCCUCCAAGACACCGCUGAGCUGCUGGCCCUGGAGAACCACCCCGCCAAGCAAACUGUGGAGGCCUACAGCGCUGCUGUGCAGAGCCAGUGGCAGUGGAUCAAGCAGCUCUGCCUGUGCGUGGAGCAGCACGUGAAGGAGAACGCCGCCUAUUUCCAGUUCUUCAGCGAUGCCCGUGAGUCGGAGGCGUACCUGCGCAACCUGCAGGACUCCAUCAGAAGGAAGUAUUCCUGCGACCACAGCACGAGCCUGCCGCGGCUGGAGGACCUGCUGCAGGACUCCAUGGGCAGAAGGACUCAAUCUGUGUGUGUGGAGGCUGGCAGCUUCUUUGUCACUCUUUCUUACCUAACGAGUUAA